UUUUCGAGAAGCUUUUGCAGGGACAAGUUCAGCGUCCUCUCUUGAUUGUAGCAAUAUUGUAUAUAUAUUUGUAUAUAUAGUUUUUUGUUUAAUAAACGUGCAUUCUCAUUGUGCUGCUAGUGUAUUGAAGAAAACAAAUUCAACUCACGAUAUUAGUGCUAAUUCUAUUAUCGAUUAACAUUCGAAUUAGCAUCUCUGAUCAUCUUGUGGUUUUUUCCAUUACAGACUUAAAUUAAAAAAGCUAAAGAAAGUUUUAAGAAGAGAAGCAAAAAGAAGAAGUGUUAAUAAUAAUAAUAUAAAAAUGACAGACAUUAUUGAAAAUUUACAACAAACUCUGAAGGAUUCUAAUAUCGUUGGUUUAUCUCCAUCAUCGACCUUCAAACCUAUAGAUGAAGUAGAUAAUGCAGGUUAUCGUUUUGAAUCCGAGAGAUUAAAAAGUUUCUGUAACUGGCCCGUGUCCUAUGUUAAACCUGAGAAGCUAGCCGAGGCUGGCUUUUAUUAUCUUGGCGAAGGAGACAGAGUUAAAUGUUUUGAAUGUAACAUAGAGAUAUGUCAAUGGGCAGAAAACGAUGAUCCGAUGGAAGAUCAUGAACGUUGGUCGAAUAGAUGCAGAUUUAUUAAGAAACAACCUUGUGGAAAUAUUCCGUUAGGAGCUGAUCCAAAUACUAUACCACAAUUAAGGGGUAGCAUAGAUGUUUGUGGAAUAUAUCACCAUAAUGCCGACAAUGAUAUUCUAACAAAGGAGUUACAACUCUUAAGUACUGCUAAGUUACAUGCAAUGGGUUUAGGACGUAUGAAGGGACCAACGCAUCCUGACUAUGCCAGUUACGAUGCGAGAUUAGAAUCAUUCGAUUCUUGGCCAAGAGCAAUGCCCCAUUCGAAAGAACUUCUAGCCCAGGCUGGAUAUUAUUACACCGGAAAUGGUGAUCAAACUCUUUGCUACCAUUGUGGAGGAGGAUUAAAAGAUUGGGAAUCUGGGGAUGAUCCAUGGGAGGAACACGCCAAAUGGUUUCCCCAGUGUACCUAUCUGCUAAUGGUAAAAGGAAAAGAAUAUGUAAACAAGGUUACGGGUCAACUCAUGUCACCUAUUUCUCCUGAGGAGACGCUGCAUAUGAACUUACCCAGUUUUGUUAAAACAAUCGAACCAUUAUCAUCAUCACUUGAACGUAGUCAGAGUAUUCAAGCGGAGAAUGCACCUGGACCGAGUAAAGCCGUUGAGAUGAAAGGUUCAUCUACAUCUGCAGAAGUGAAGGAAUGUAAAGAUUUAAACAUUUCUGAAGCACACUGUAACAAAUCUGAUGAUGCUAGACUGUGUAAGAUUUGUUACAACGAAGAGUUAGGUGUUGUUUUCUUACCUUGUGGACAUAUGGUUGCCUGCGUUGAUUGCGCUCCAGAAAUGACUAUUUGUGCUGUGUGUAGAAAUCACGUAGCUAUGAAAGUUAGGGCCUUCCUUUCUUAAAUUUCUGUGCAUACAUUCAAUAAAAUAAAUAAAUGUUAUUAUUCAUUGAA